AUGGAUAUGGAACCAAGCACGCCGAGCACACCAACACGACGAGAUGUGACCGAGCAUUGGAGUGAUGUAAAUAAUUCCGACGUUGACCUGUUGGACAUGGAUAUACCUAGUAUAUCCGACAUAGAGAUUGAGAGUCCAAUCUUAGCACGGAGAGCACCGCUACCACAGGAACCAGAUACAUUGGAACUACUGGGUGAGGACUCUGGAUUGGACUCCGACGACCCGAAUGACGAUUAUUUUCAGGAGAUGUUACGUGAAGAAUGGAGGAGAAGAGACGCCAUGGAGGAUAACAUGUCUACCGCAUCAGAAAGCGAGGACGACGAAGUAAGAGUACCCUGUCCAACAUCACCAACUCGUCUUCGAGAGAAGGCGCAAUGGCAUCCUAUACCGGAGGAUGAUGAAGAGCAACCUGACAAGUAUGGGCAGGAAGACGAGGAUUGGGAGCAGGGAAGAGUCCAGGACUAUCCAGAGGGUGAUCCUGACGAGUCGAGACACCGGUGGUGGAAAGCCACAAUCUUCUCUGACUACAGAGAUGAUAGUCAACGUGAAGUCUGUUUCGCUGUCGAGUACUUUGAAAGAAUAUUCAACCGGUUACUACUAUUGGCUGGAUUAAUAUGCGCCGUUAUGGGUAUAGAAAUAUGCCCAAAAACACAUAGAAUACACGCGCAUAUCAUACUGGGAUUCAGUAGUGCGAAGAAGUAUUCAGCACUGAAAAAGAAACUGGGAGAUGGGCAACUACGUUACCUUCUAACAGAUGAUCAGAUAAUCAGCUGGUAUGACUACGUGGUGAAAACCUUCUCGAAAAUUUUACAUCCCAAGAAAAUACUACGAUAUGGCGAGGGAAAGGUACUGAACAAGAAGCAUUCCAUUUCUCGCACGGUAAAAAGAACUCACCGAGACAUGUUCUACGACAAUCAAAAAGCGAUUGAGGAAGGAAGAUUCGACGACAUCGAUCCGCUAUUUCGAUUUGACCACAUGUCUAAAAUUCAGAAGUGGUACAACGAUCAGCACAAGGCUGCCAUUAAAGUAAACCACGAUCGACUCGUUUUUAUCUGGGGGAAGCCAGGUGUGGGGAAGACAUCUCUCUUCUCGAGAAAUAUCGAUCCAUCACUGAUUUAUUGGAAGAAUCCGGCAACCAAAUGGUGGUGUGGUUAUCGCGCGCAACCAAUCGUCAUUAUCGAUGAAGUGACACCUCAGCAAUUCCAGAAAGGCGACAUCAACUGGAACUUAAUCGGUGAUCGAAAUGAAAUAUAUGUAGAAGUAAAGGAAGUCAGGUACCUUUCCAAGCGCAAUGGGUAA